UUAAUGACUGUUCUGCCUCAGUAAGGAAAUGUGUUGAGUGUCUUAACUAUUACAUCGCAGAGGGUGGAAAGGCAUUUUAAGAUCUUGAAACCAUCAUAGAAAAACUCUGCACAUCCAGUGAAAAGAAGAAAGAACUGAAAUCCAAAUUGCUAAAUGGGAAGCGAUAUAUCAAAUCAGAUAUCAAGGUACAUAUCCAAAAAGAGAAUGCUGUUCCGGAUCAUUGCCAAAUGUUUGCACUAAGUGAUAGUGAAAAGUGCUUCUCCCAAAGUUGUAACACCCAGCAUACACACAGUUGUGAACAGUGUAUUGACUUGGCAGACUUUUUAGCUGAAAUAAGUACUCUAACACAAAAUGGUACAUGGGACAAUAAAGAUUCCAUUGUAUUCCAGGUUGAAAAUGCUGUAGAAGCUAUAAAAGAUUGGAAAGUCAUGCUAUGAGAGCUAGGAAUCAAGAAGGUGCAAAACAAGAUCUGCUUAAGAAUUUAAAUGAAAAUCAAGCACUUAUCACAUGUGAGUGGGCGAUGAAAUUUCUACCACGCAAAUUUAGAGAAGGUCAGAGUGACUGGUUCGCCAAACGUGGAAUCAACUGGCACACUUCAGUAACUUUAUACAAACAAGGGGAAGAAUUAAAGACAAUUACACAUGUACACAAUUUUUCAUCCCAGAUAUCUCAAGAUGGUUCUGUUACUGGUUCUGUGUUGUGUGAUGUAGUUCAUGAUCUGAGAAAACAACUACCAAACAUACAGGAGGUGAACUUCUUCUCAGAUAAUGCAGGAUGUUAUAAGAACACAAUGAUGAUGGUAGCACUUAAAGAUGAAUUAGGAGAUAAGUUGAAAACAUACAACUUCAGUGGAGCACAGGAUGGCAAAGGUCCAUGUGACCGCAGAGCUUCACAUAUCAAGGCAUGUGUUAGAAGAUACAUUAAUGAGGGACAUGAUGUCACAUCUGCAGAGGAGAUGAAAAAGGCUAUAGAUGUUAAACAGAAAGGAUCAUUUAGGGUUAGAGUUGUUGACAUUGUUACUAAUUUGGAUGCAGAGAAGUCACAGAUUAAACCAAUUACUGGAAUUACUCAAUUGCAUAAUUUUUCAUUUGACGUCAAUGGAAUAACAGUUUGGAAGGCAUAUGGAAUAGGAGAAGUUAUGGCUCAAGAAGAAGAACUUGUAGAACCAAACCCCAAAAAACAAAAGAAGAACUCCAUCAAUUAG